AUGUAUAAAUCAUCAACAGCAUCAGCAGCAUCAGCAGCAGCAACAACUAUGUUUGAAAGUUUGAAGAAAGGUGUAGCAUUGUUUCGAAGCAUAUACAAAGGAGGGAUCGAAGCCGAGUAUGAUGAUAAUAAUCAACUUGAUGACAAUCAUCUACUUGAUGAUAAUCCUUUACUUGAUGGUAAUGCUAUACUUGACGAUGAAGAUCUAGAAGAUGAUGCAUUUGUUGAACCAGAAUAUCAAAGAUCACAUACACCUGUACCAGAAAAAGAAGUAGAGUAUUCACAACAACAACAACAACCACCACUAAAACCACGUACCAACUACAAAGAAGAUGAUUUACAAGAGGAAUUUGAAUGGUUCAAAGAGACUUUCGAUGCCCACAUGGAGUUAUUCAAGAAGUUUGAAGCAAAAGAAUCUAUUGAAGCCAUUGAAUCACCUGAAGAGUUGGAAAUCCACCAGAAGUUCAAUAGAUUUCUUCAAACAAGAUUGAUUUAUGUCCACAAGUUGAAUAACAAGAAGAAAAAACAACCAGAAAGUGUCGGUCGUAUCCCAUUAUUCAAUAACCUAACGGACUUGGACAAACGUGCAUCCAAGUCUUACUAUUUUGUUCAAGACACAACCAUUUUUGAAUGUAAAUGCGCUAACAAGGGGAAUUGUACUGCUUGCAAAUGCAAGUUAUAUAAUAAUGGUUGUACUUCUCAAUGUAAAUGCCCAUGUCGGGAUCUAUUCAAAGAGAAAUGGACUAUUUUAAAUAAUACAAACUCAGAAGAAUUGUCGAAUCGAAUAACCUAUGAAAUGGAUAGCAGCAAUGCAUCAGCACGUAGCAAAAACAUCGAUCAACCAUUAACUCCUAGUCAAAAAAAUCAAAGAAAGAGCCAGCCAGUUACAAUAAUUGAUGAAGAUAACGAACAAUUCCAACCUCCUAUUCUUUCUAAUACAUCUUCAUCAACAACUCCCACCACCGCCACCACUUCCUCUUCAAGCUUUGGAUCCAGUCUGCUUCGUUUGUUCACACCCUCCCACUCGCAAACAUCGACCACAUCAUCAUCAUCAUCAUCAUCAUCAUCAUCAUCAUCAUCAUCAUCAUCAUCAUCAUCGACAACAUCUACCACAUCUACCUCAAAUCAAACCAAUGCAGUAGAAACUGAGUACAAUCAAAUUGUUGGAAGAAUGGUUGAUUUUGAGACUUGGAAGCGUGGGUUUCUAUCAACAAUGCCACAAGGAUUAUCUCCACAAGAUAGGCUUAGCUUUAUUCAAGAACAGUUAGAACAAGAGGAAAUACAGUUGGUUGACAACACCAAGUUGUUUACCUAUAAACAAUUGGAGAAUUUCUUUUAUAUUGCCUUUUUUAUGGGUCUUGUCAAACUCCCACGGGCGGAAGACCAUUGGAAUAGAAAGAGCCCUUUCCAUCCUCCAUCUGUUAUCAGCCCAUUAAUGUCAAGAAAAAGAUUUAAGUCCAUCCUCAAAUUCCUUCACUAUGACGAAGAUUCCGUCAUUCAAAUGAUUGAAAAAAAUUCAAACAACCACUAUAUCCCAUCAUUACGUUUAUCAAUCGAUGAAUAUAUGGCCCCUUAUAAAGGCUUGGUAAGGUUCAAGCAGUAUGAACCAGAUAAACCACACAAAUUUGGAUUAAAGUAUUUCGUUUUAUCUGACUCAAAUGGUUUUAUAUUGACCCAAUGGCUUUACAGAGGUAGUGAUGAAUCUACAACAAAAUCUGUAACAAUAGAUCCAUCUGUGGUUAGUUCUUUUCCACCAAAUAGUCCUCUUAAAAUCCCAAUCGAAUUUGCAGAGUGGGUCAGACAAAAAGUAGCUACAGAUGAUAGACCAUUGAGUCACUAUUUGUUUGCAAUGGAUAACUAUUACACAUCAUUACAAGUUGCCACUGUAUUAUCAAACUUUAGUCAAAACAUCAAUUCCAACAACGACGAUAACAAUCCCAACAAUAAGAUUCAUUAUGUAAUGACUGUAAGGUCCAUUAGACCAACGUACCUUUUCAAAGAUGGUUUAGGACGCAUGGUACAAAAGGACAACAAGAAAAAGUUGGCUGCUAUAGCAUUUCCAAAAGAAGACUCUGGUAUUCCCCAGGACAUUUGUGCCACCGCCAUCAAUGACAGCAAAGUAACAUAUUUUUUAUCAAAUUCCUGUAAUCCAUAUACAUUAAAAGAAGGAAAACUCACAAAGCUCGAUGUGCAGACUCAAUACAAUGCAACUACCCACGGAGUCGAUCUGUCAGGACAACUAUCAUCAAAUUGUCGGUCAUAUCCCCAUCGAAAAAGCAAAUACACACAUGUUAACAUAUUUGCGCAGUUGGAUCGUGCAAUGGUGAAUGCAUAUUGCAUCUUCAAAUCCCUUGAAGGCAAUAGCACAUACCGAUUUUGUGAUUUCACUCAAAACGUGGUAAGAGAUAAGCUUGGCUUGCAGGAGCCUAUUCAAAAACAAUUGGAACACUUGAAUCCAAUUACAUCAAAAGUAUUCCAGGAUCAAAGAGAUAGGAUUAAACAACUGGAACAAGAAUUGGCUACACAAUCCACAUACGUAACCAGUGGAAAUGGAGGCCAAUAUGCUCCCACUUCUGCUGCUGCUCCUCAAACUGUAGUCCACGCAUUGGUUCAAGGUGAUCUAAAUCCUUGUCAGUAUUGCAAAGUCCUUGAUGUAAAGCGUAGAACAAGAACCACCAAGACUUGUUGCCAAUGUAAAGUUAACUUUCACGAUGAAUGCUAUCUUAUAGCACAUCUCCCAGAAAACAAACUGCUUCUAUCGGCAAUAGUACAUCAACAUCAACAACAACGACAAGGAUAA